UGCGAGUGUGGGGACGAGAGGUGGCAAUUAAGUGAGUGAGUGAAUGAAUGAAAGGAAGGAGAGAGUGAAAGUGAGAGGUGAAUCAGGAGGAGGGCAGAGGGUGGAGGGAAUGGAGAGGAGGCAGGAGAGAUGGAUCGGGUGCCUGGCACUGUCCUUAUUGACCACACCAUACAGAUGAGGAAGGAGGCACAGACCAGGAAGGUGAUACUACUGUGGGGCUUGCUUAAUGUAGGUCUCGCAGGGAUGGUCUACAUGGAAAUGACUGGCAAAUUGCUGUACAAAUUCUACAGGAUCAACUACUGGCCCCUGUGGUAUAUUGAGUUUGGUCUGGUUGUCUUGUUUUGUCUUAAUGCCCUGACUGAUUUCUGGCGUUACUUCCGGAGUGCUGUAGUUCCAGCCAACCUUGUGAUGACCCCACAGCAGCAAAUACUACUGGGAGUAAAGAAUCCGGCGAUGCAAACGACACCGCAGAGAAAGCCAGCCACCACAUCGACCCCCAACAGUUCUCCACCUGGUGCUUCGCAGGGCCAGAGUGUCCUAUCCUACAGUCCUCAACGGCCAAUUGGUUCCAGCCCCAAGUUCAGCCCUAACUGUGUGACGGGGUUUAGCCCAAACAUGCAGACCCCUUCCUUGUCAGGAAGCGGGUCCUUCUCAUCCUCUGUGAUGUAUUCACCGGGCAGCAGUUUCAACACGGGCUCUGGUUUCAGUCCUCCACAAAAUUCCUAUGUUUAUGGUAAUAACAUUGCAAGUUCGGAGUGCUCAAGCCUGAGGGCUCGAUAUCGGUCUGCACCGGUCACGUACAGCGCCCCUCUCACACGAGAUGAGUAUGUUACAGAUAUGAAAUCUCUGGAGAACUUCCUCCGUUCUGAAGAGGAGAAGCAAGGCCGCAGUCAAAUGGGAACUCCUGACUGUACAUCCAACAGCAGCAGUCCAACGUUUUGGAACUACAGCCGCAGUAGUGUUGACUACUCACAGUCACUGCGCAAGUUUCAGUACCAGCUGGCUAGCCGCUCCCAGGCUCCCUCGGCUCACAAGGAUGAUACAGAUCUGGGCUCCAAGCUGCUCGCAGGAGAGGUGUGGAUCAGGUUGAAUAUGAGUCGGCAGCAGCUGGAUCUUCUCGAUUCUUGGACGGCUAACCUGAGGAAUUGGAUCAAUGAAACCAUUUUGAAUCGUUUGGUCAAAGAGAUUGAUAGUGUGAACACACAACUAAGGAGGCUGGGAUGUCCUGAGCUACAAGUAGGUGAGACUAGUAUCAGCAGCCUAAGGCAAGCAGCCCUGGUAAGAGCUCCCCAACUUCCAACAUUGAACAUCGUUAUCCAAUACCUGGACAUCACCUCAAACCAAGAGUACUUGGUGGAGAGAAUCAAAGAGCUUGCUCAUGGUGGUUGUAUGAGUGCUUUCCGAUGGAGUGGAGGAGGAGAAUUCAAGUCCAGGAAAUGGGAUACUGAUCUUCCCACUGAUUCUGCGAUUAUAACGCACAUGUUCUGCACUUACCUUGACUCCAGGCUACCUCCACACCCCAAAUAUCCUGAUGGAAAAACUUUCACUUCUCAGCAUUUCAUUCAAACUCCAGAUAAACCUGAUACUACAAACGAGCAUUUAUUCUGUAUACAUCAGAGUAACAUCAACCCUCCACACUACCAGCUCAUCUACCAGGGGCAGGUGUACAGUUUGCCAAAGGACAGGAACAACAUGUUUCACACUAUCCUGAUGUUUCUGUACAUAAUCAAAACAAAGGAGUCUGGAAUGCUGGGACGGGUAAAUUUGGGCUUGUCUGGAGUGAACGUUUUGUGGAUUUUUGGAGAUUAAGGAUAAAUUGCCAGGAAACUUAUCUCGUAUUUGUAUUGAGAUCAAGCAGAAACUAAAUAAUCUCAACACCUGAAAACUACCUGCCACCAGCUCACAUUUUCCUUGAUCUCAUACUGAUACGUAAUGGAGAAAUGCAGGCCUUUGCAAAACAAGCUCCCAAGCUAGCAUUGUGCCAAAUCUUUGUGACUUUAUCACUGUACUGAGUACCUGACUGUAGUGCAGUUCUUCCUAUCAAGAUUUUUUUUUUGUCAUUUUGAACCAAUUCUUUCUGUCCUGUUCAGUACCUAUUAGCAAUGAAUGGAAGCCAGUGCGUACAUUUGAAGCAUUGUGUCUGAGUUUACCAGAUUUUGAUGGAAGAUUGAAUAUCAGAAUUAUGGAAUUCUUUGAGGAGCAGAGAGACUACCCACACGAUGACAAACAUCGAACUGAAACAAAGUUCCUAUGGUGACUCCUGUUUCUCCUGGACUUAAUCACGUGUACAUUGCUGGAUUUAUAUAUUAAUUUAUGAUGUACCCUGAGCAACCUGGUUCUGAAGUCCAGCAGGAAGGACUGUCUUUUGACACCCUGUCCCAGAAAUGAUGUCUUCAGAGUGGAUGUUAAUGGAAGUGAAAGGUCAAUGGAUUCAUCAGGGAGGGAAGAGGAUGAGGACAGAUCAAUUAAUACUGAUGAAAUGCCUUCCAAUGUCUGCAUCCAAAUAAGUGAUCUGACCAAUGUCCACCCAAUUCAGGACACUUUUUAAAAUAAAUUGUGUAAUAAACAUUGUGGUGCUAUAGCUUCAUAAACUAUUGGAACACACCAUGGACAGAAACAAUGAUCUGUGACCUGUUCCUUACCCUGGUGAUAAAUGGACCUUUCUUCAUACUACUGUUCUAAGGAAGUUGCAUCAUCUUUUGUAUUGUGAGUUAAUGAUUUGAUGAAUGUUUUAUCUAUUUUAACUUUUAAUAUCAAAUCAGAAAAAUCCAGUUCAGUUUUGUGAUUCAGUUCAUAGGAUGUAUUAAGAAGCUAUUCUAUUCAACAUAACACUUGUGCCUUUGUCUCAAUGCUGGAUGUGGACCCCGAAUGCCAGCAGAGCUCCAGAACUGUUCAGUCAUUCAGCUUUCUGUGGGCUACUUAAUAGUUCACUCUGCCUUUAAGAGAGCUGA